CAACCUUGGAGCUCGAAGCUUGAAGCUAAAGCCCGAAUCUCCUUACCAAAGCAAGAUCUCAAUCUUAGUUCUCGUUGCGAAGCUUCCAAACCCUCCUAGCAAUAUGGCCGAGGUCGUUGGGGCCAUUGCCAGUGCCGUCACACUAGCCUCCUUGUUCAAAGCCUGUCUAGAUGCCUUCGACCUAUUCCAGGCGGCCCAAAAGACAGAAUGCGACCUACAAAGACUCUUUGUUCGACUGAACAUCGAGCGACUGCGAUUGUACACUUGGGGGGAAGCUAUGGGGUUGACUGAACCACCAAGAUCGAGGAAAAAGACUGUCCUUGAAACGGCAUCUUGUAGGGGCCUGGUCAAAGACACUUUGGAGGCGAUGAAGCAACUGUUUCAAGACUCGGAAAAGAUUCAAACGAGAUACGGGUGCAAGCAGGCCACACUUGUGCCCAGAUCCGUUGGUUUGGGCGACACGAGCAUCAUGGAUGACUUGGCAGCCUCGUUCUCGAACUUUUGGGUUCCGGCAGCGUUGAGCUCUCCACCAAAGCCUCUGCGGAACAAGACCCUCACCAAAGUCCGAUGGGCCAUCCAUGAUCGUAAAAAGUUUGAUGUCCUGAUCCGGGAGCUCAAAGAGUUAGUCGACGGUCUUCAGAGCAUCACCGAGUCCAUAUUUGCUGCGUCCCGCCAAGGAGGAAUGCUUCGUUUCGGCAUCCAACAGAUUAAAAAUUUGGACACCUUGGAGGUCGUAUCCGCCGCGUGUGAAGUCGACUAUCCGGACAUUUCAGAAGCCGCGACCGUCAAGCUAGACGUUAUGACUGUUGGAACGUCCCAGCGACAGGAUAUUCUGGAUUGGCUCGAUGAGACAAAGGACGACUUACCAGAUCCCAGCCUGCCGAAGCCGUUUAUGCAGGGCAAUCGUGCAUCUGGCCUGUCCAACCUGAACAGCAUUGUGGCCGAAUAUCUCCAAAAUAAGGGAUAUACAGAUACAAGAGCAGUUUUCGUAGCUGAAACGUGGACCGCAGAAGAAAGCCGGCCAGUCCAACCGGCUGCCGAGGACUCUGUUCCAAAGCAAAAAAUGGGUGCCGAGCCAGAACAGAACCAAACCACCCAAACAAGCAAAAGAUUCAGAAAGAGGAGGCGAAUUUCCUAGGCAUGGCUGGUUAGUGUAAGGCCGGAUGUCCCAGAACGGGCCAGUAUGGCCUCACCUGACCUG